AUGUCCGACGACGAUGAGUACUACGAGUUCGAGGAGGAUUAUAUGUAUGAGGAUUUAGUCCCCGACAUGGUGACCACUAAUAAGCCCUUGCCUAUCCAGGACGACCUCGCUGCUUCCUCACAUUACGAAGCCGCCCUGUAUGAAGACCCAGGAAUUGACGUCGAAGACUAUUUCAGCGACUGGGACUACUAUUCGGACGAUUACCAUGACGAUGACGCAACGGCCGAGAAAAGCGCAGAGCGAAGGAAAAGAACUGCAAUGGCGGCGAGAGCCAAACGCCUAGCAGAACCAUCUCUCCAGACAGCGCCAACCUCCGCGAUCGCACCGGUCAAGUCGUCUGUUGUCCCGGAUAUCAGCUCGUUCCAGGGUGUGGUGUGGAAAACACCCGCCCUGGAUCGGGACCAGGACGUCGCCAUUCUAUACGAGCCGGACACGGGCGAUAAAGUCGCCCUCCUGGAGAAUUGGCGGGAGGUUUUCAAGUCGGCUCAGCCGGCGCUGGAUAAGUCGCGCUUGAAAAAGCGGCGGGUGGAGGAAUCCCGGAUCGCAGACUCGGCUCUGGUCGACAAUGACAUAUCUGCCGGCGACAGUGCUGACGACGAGUCCGAGGGCUCGGAUGAAAUGUCCGAUGUACCCUCGUUGGACACUUCAGGCGUUGAUACUGGCGAUAUAUCCAACACAAAGACACACCCGAAGCCGGAAAUUGUCCGUUCGCUGAGACUGGCAUCGCCGCCCCAGGUUGUGAUUCCGUUGAAAAGAGGACUUAAACGGAAGACCACGGUGCGGCAGGAUGAGCCUGACGAGGAUGCAGCGCCGCCUCGCUCAAAGAAGGUUGAAACGCGCAAGGGCGGUGUCCGUGGGACUAAACAGCCCUCGGCUCCGCCUGUGCGCAGGUCAACUCGGCAGAAGAAGUAG